AUGCAUGAUUCUGCACAGCAAGCUCGAAAUCAAGUCCAAGCUUUCGACAUUCCAAAGACAACACCAGUCACCCUUUCGCUCCCAUCUUACCCUCUUCCUCCCAGCUCAGUCCACUUUCCGAUACACUCUGCCCCCUCCCCAUGGCAUCAGCAGGAUUUCCUCUCAGCGUUCUACGCACACAUACUCUUGCAACCCUUAAACAUGUCUGCACAACUAAAAGCAGAUCUCCCUCCCCCAUCAUACGCACUUAUUCCGAGCUCAUUCCGAAAGAAAUCUGAAGCUACUCAUACCACACCCGACUCGCCAGAACUUGCCGAACGCAAUCGCUUUUUGGAUCUCCACGCCGGGCAUAAGGACGCAGCCCAGCUGUUUGGUAAACUUCUCGACACUGCUGGAUUGGAAAAGGUGCGAGAACACAACAACCAACUAGCCAGUGUUUUUCGCUCCUCGGACCUGAGCACUCAAAACCAAGGAACUGUCAGCUACGAAUGGCGGCAUUUUACUCAGGGCAGAAAAGGAUCCCUGGACCACCUCAAGGAGGAGCUUGAACUCACCGAUGAAGCAGAUAGAGACAAAAUCAAUACCCUGAUCCGGCGGGCUCACUUUGUCCGAUUCCCCGAGGUCGACGCUUCAACAUUGAAAGGAGAUCAGAUGCUUGCUGCACUUGACGGUUCCACCGCUUCCGCAGCAAAUGAACUCAAGCCGGUUGACUCAAUCCAGUGGGCUGCCGAUAUAGUCCGGCGAGGUUUCGAUGCCGAAUAUCAGAGACACGAUGUGAUUGUUGCUCCAACCCUCGAGAAAUUACAAAGCCUCCUCGGUCCGAACUUGCCAAGCACUUCUUCCCCGAUUUGA